AAAGAGCUCCUACUGGUAGUUCUCUUAUAGAGCAGAUAGAUACUAGAAGAAGGUCCAUGAUGUUUUCUCAGACUGUCGUGCUGUUUUUUCUGUGCGGUUUUUAUGCAUACUGUGCGUCUGCUAAAAGCCCAGUUAUUGAAGAAUUAGAAAGGGAACUUAAUGAAACUAAGGCAGCAAUUGAUGAGGUUAAACAGGAAAAUAUGUACCUUGAACAUCUAAUUUCAAAUAUUGAACUGGAAUUCAAGAGAAACGUGACAGAAUUAGAGGCUCAAAAUGCAAAUGUCUCGGAGGAAGUUCUAAAGGAGACAGUGAAAGUCAAAGAACUGUACAUAAAUCUGACGAAUCUCGAAGAAAAGAAAAUGCUUCUAGAGAGAGAAAUUGCAGAACUCCAACACUGGAUAGAAGUGAGAACACUGGGCAUCAUGUUUAUCAAUCAAGACAUAAAAUUGUAUAGAGAGAGAAUAGAAAACGGUUCUGCUGAGAAGUGCUUUGAGUUCCAAGAGCCCGUACCAUUGCUGCUUGGGAGGUCCGACAGAGAUAAAGACAUGGUCCUUAUGCUUCAGAACGAAUUGAAUCAAACUAGGACAAGGUUGAACUACUUACGGUCUGUGCAGAAAGAACUACAAAUGAAACUGGAUCAGUUGACUCCAUAUUACAAACUUAAAAUUGAUAAUUUAUCAGAGUUACUUGAGAGAAACAUACAAGAUGAAGAACGCGCGAAAGAAACUGUGAAGACAUUUGAAAUGGAAUUAAAGGAAUUGUUUGCUAGGGUAUCAGAGUUAACAGUUGAAAAGAAUGAUUUAAUAAAGGAGCAAGACAAAAUUAAACAUGACGUGGUCGAUCUAAGAAUUGUUCUCUUAAAUAUUAAGAAAGAAAUUGCUUGCUUUGAAAAACUGGAAAUGAUGGUCUUGAAUACAACUCCUUUGUAAUGGGUUGAUGCUCCAGACACAACUUCUAUUCCAGUCAGAGCUUAAUGUUCCAAGAUCCCUCCAGUGUCGAUAAAAUUUGGAACACUCUGUAUAUUUGGAAAAACCAGUAUUCAGCUAUGAACAACGUAGCCUUUAGUAGAGCAAGAAAAUGUAAGUAUGGAAAUAAAGAACAAAAAGAAAAAUAAUCAAUUCCAACACAAAAUAGUAAUAUUCACACAAAAAAUAUCGUUUGUUAGCGAUACACGGCUAACGGAAGAUUUCGCCCGAUUUUCUAGGAAAGAACAGAAAUGAAACGAAACAUGUUUUGAUGGCGUAAAGAUAAUUGUUAAAUUUAUUGUAU